CCGUAGCGACCAUAAAAGGCCGCUACCAGAGGUCGCUACGCCUGUAGUGACAUCACAUGCCCGCUACGUGUAGCCGCUAGGAUACUUGGACGAUUUUCCCGCAUUUGAAAUUCAUAGCGACCUCAUGAAGUCGCUAUGGUUGGCCGUUGUAGAAGGCGCUUGAAGUCCUGAACGCAUAGCGACCUCAUGAUGCCGCUACGCCUGGCCGCUACGCGCAUAGCGACCUCAUGAUGCCGCUACGCCUGGCCGCUAGGAGCCUUCAACGACUCAUCUUCAUUCUUUUGGCAUCAAAACACUCAUUCGGGCACAAAGUUCAUCAUGAAACUCCCUCCAACACCUGAUAAGGACUAAUGCAUGAAAAUACAACCUAAACAUGUGUAAAUGCUAUUCCAAAAGACCAAUGUGCACAAGAAAGGAUAAUUAAAACAAUGUAAAUAUGGUAGAUAUCAUUCAACAACCGGAGAUUCACAAGAAAGCACUUCGAUAAAUCCCCAAAGCAGCUUAUGACUCUCAUGUUGAACGAGUCUAUGGUUUGUUCGACGAGAGUUAAUCUCAAUGGAGUUCCAGAGGUCACAAGCGAACUUAGCCUAGUUGACCCUCUUUAUAGUAGUUUAAUAGAUCAUGAGUUCGAUAUUUAUGAAGUCUUUCACUGCGACGGCUUAUUAUUAUGCAUCAACGAAGACAACACUAGACUCGUGGUCUGGAACCCGUGUACUAGUCAAGCUAGGUGGAUCCAACCCAAAACACGUGUCAGCAGCCAUGCUCUUGGAUCCUACCAUGGUAAUAGCUAUAAAGUAUUGAGCUACCACCCUGACUUCGCAAUCUUUGAGAAUAACUCUAAUUCAUGGAGGAGUCUUGAUAUCACCCCCGACUGCACCAUAGAAGAUUCUGAACAGUUCAUGUCUUUGAAAGGAAAAACGUACUGGUUUGCUUGUGAUAAAAAAGAUGAGCGUCCCAUCAGCAUAUUCUUACUCAGUUUUGAUUAUACAAGUGAAACGUUUGAACGUCUACGUCUUCCGUGCCAGAGUUUUCUCUAUGAAACUAUGUCUAUGUCCGUUGUUAGAGAAGAGAAGCUUUCUGUGUUGUUACAGCGAGAUUAUACGUCAAGGACAGAGAUAUGGGUGACAAAUAAGAUUGGUGAGACCAAAGAAGUCUCGUGGAGCAUGUUCCUAGCACUGGAUUACUCGCCAGCUGGACUUCAUCUUCGGGAUACCGUAAGUUUUUUGGUCGAAGAGGAGAAGAAAGUCAUCGUGUGUUGUGAUAGAUACUUGGAAGAUGAAUUCCACGGCAAAAAGUUGAUUCACAUUGUUGGAGAGCAAAAUCAAGUCAGAGAAUUUGAUUUUGGAGAAGCCAAACAGUGCCCGAUUUUGUUUAAUUAUGUUCCAAGUUUGACACAAAUCCACCAAGGUGUAGGUGUGGGAGGGAAAAGAAAAAGAGAUACAAUUAACGGACAAUAUGCUGGAAGAUGGUCCAAGCUUUUUUACAGAGUUUAGUGGUUUUGUUUUUGAUGGGCACAAGUUCUGUUGAUUUUAGUUUAGUGGUAUUUUUUUAUACUACGAAAUGUUUCAAGUGAGUUAUACAUACUUGUUGCUAUUGCAUUACUUUUCA